AUGUCUUUAUUCAAAGGAAAUGACACAAACUUUGUGAGAUCUUUAAAGGCAAAGCUCGUUGGAGAUGAUGAAUAUCUGGUUGUGGCUAGAACACAUCAAAUUGAGAUCAGCUUAAUCAAUAAAGAUGGCUCGUUGAAACAUGAACGAACGAUUAAGUUUGAGGAAAGAAUCUUAGAUAUAGAGCAUUUCAGAGUUGAUACGAGUAACGAAGGUCACUGGCUAAUCAUUGCUUAUGAUAACAACCCUACAAGUCUUCGCUUUUUAGCAUUCAGAACAAUUCAAGACUCAUUCAUACCUGAAGAUUUCCCUUUAAGGUUUCGUGGCAAAGAGUACAACAUUGUGCAAAAUUCAUUGAGAGAAGAUGGGUUUUUGUACUUUACAGUAUGGACUGAAGAAAGAGACUUAUUACUAUUUCGUCAAGCUGGUAAAGGUUUCGAAUGUGAAAAUUUUGCAAAAGCCAUGGAUCCUAAAAACACUUCAAAACUGAAAUUUUUUAGAAAACCAGAAAUUAUACCUUCAAACUUUUUUAUACAUGAUAACAAUUCAGAGAUUUUAACAUGGGAUAUCAUUGGUACAGAGGAAGGUGAUUUUGCUUAUGCUCUGAUCAGAAGUGAUAAGUCUGGUAAAAACUACUCAUUUACUAACCCAUUAUGGAAAGUCAAGAUGUAUGAAUCAUACUUAAGAAGUGGGUGGGAUGGAAAACUUCCAGGACCUGUUCAGCCAAUCACUCUGAACUUAGACUUUACAGGAACUAUAUUAUUUUGUAAGUCGGGGUUUUACUUCCGUCAUUCACCUUAUGGUUUUGAGAUAGAGACGAAGGAAGAUGCUAAAGUUCAAGAAAACUCAACCAUCACAGUACAACAGAAUGGUGUCGAAGGAUGUUUGGCCUAUAUGAACACCCCUACUAAGGUAUGGAACGUUGCUGCAGCUGCUCAAAUUGGAUAUGGUAACAACUUUAUUAUCAUUGAGGAAAAUGGGGAUAUUUAUUCGAUGACUUUCAAAACUCUAUCUACUGGAGCUUUUGAUAUUGGGAUCUCAGAAUGGACAUACAAGAAACUUGAUGGCUCUUUGCCUGGUAUCAUUCAGCUCAUUAAACUCAAAGAUAAUGUUUUUUAUGCCACCUCAGACUCAAUCGAGUCAUACGUAUUCACCGUCGUGAAUAAUGAAAAGAUCCAUAUAAUUCAAGAGGUGCGUUCUAAGAUGUGUUCUUGGAAAGGGAAACCUUUUAGUAGCAUUUUACCAAAGAGAAAGAUGUACAAACAUGAAAGUGAAAUAUGGGUUGUUUCUUCUCGUGACAUAUGGACAUAUGAUAUUGGUGCCAUAAAGCUAAAUAUGAAUGCCCAAAUGAGAUCAAUUCCUAAUCUUGUUAUGGACAUCUUAGAUGUCAAGAUCAUAAAUGGGGAAACUUUGGUUUUAACAAAAAACAGUUUGAUGAAAGGGAAGAAGAUAAUCAAAUCUUUUUCCAUAAGCCAUGGUAUAAUUCUUGAGAAUGGUGAGUUGGUUGUGGUAUCUGGUACGAAUCUCUCUGUGAGAGAUUUUGCGAUGGAAUUGAAAUGUGAACCAUCGAUUUUGCAAGCUUCUGAAACUACAGGCGGUGAAUUACAUAUUUUAAUGGGGAACUGGGAUGGUUCAGUUGAAAUUUUCUCUGGUAAAGAACAGCAUACUUUACGUUUAUCUUCACCAAUAACUGCUGCUGCAAUUGUUAAUUUGGGAAAUGCUGUCUGUUAUCUUGUUGGUUCAGACAAUGGUGAAGUCAAAAUCUUCAACCAAAACUUAAAGAAAGAGGAACAAGUCAUCAUGGGUAGAGGGACUGUCGACUUUUCAAACGUUUACGGAAAUAAAGUCAUAGCAUUUAAUCAAGUUAAUCUCGUGGAAUUUGCAUUUGAUGACAAUGGCGAGAUUGCAAGAAAGAGCUAUCUAGAGAUACCUAGAGACCAGGCAUAUCCCCCACUUGUUCAGUAUGAUGACCAUGGGAAUUUGCUUGUGGCUAUCUCCAAUGAGAGUAAAAGACCAUUGGACCUCAUUGAUUAUCAAGAAGUAUCCAAAUAUACCAUUCCAUAA